AUGGGCACGUACGUGGAAGACUAUUUAGAAAGCAUGUACAUGCUGCCGUCAGAGAUCAAGCGUAACUUUGAUCUCAUGCGCGAACUGGACAAGACGUCUUACCCGCUACUCGAAGAACUUAAGACGGUGCAAAAAGCAUACUUAACAAGUGCGCGACAAAAGGUGCUAGCCAGGUGCGCUGACACUACAAAAGGUGAAGCUACGGAAAAAGAACUUCGAGAGAUCAUUGAAAGUGAUGGAAUAGUGCGACAACUGUAUGAAAAACAUGCCUCAGUAGUGCAAAAGCUAGACGAAAAAAUUGCCAUUGCAGCUCAGAGCUAUGAUAUUGUUGAUCAUCAUAUUCGACGUUUGGAUAGAGACUUAGAAAGCUACUCGGCUCUUUUAAAAGCUAACGGUGAGUACGAAGAGGAUAGUAGACCGCACCGCAAGAAACAGAAGGUGGUGACAACCACGACAAUGCAUCAUGCGUCUCAGAGUCAUGCGGUGCCCAAUGUUCACGUUCGCAGCAAGCACAAUACAGCUCCAAAUAUGGAAGCUCGUCGUCAAGAAAGAAAUCAGUUGUAG